AUUCGCGAUCGUAAUGCGCACAUCUUAGCCGGUGCUAGAUUUCGAGAGAUUUCGCAUAAGUUUUGUCUCCGUUGCUAGAGCUACCGGCAUCUCGCCCGAGCCUGCGUAGGUGAAAAUAUGCUGUUCACCGUGCUCUGUGGCUUGGCGUCUUUGGUUGCGGCUAUUGCACUUGCCGCAGGCAAAUACAGCGUACGCAGAAGCCGAAAAAAUGUUAUAGCGUCUUUAAACCAACAGCAUGUUGUAAUAAUCACCGGAUGCGACUCUGGCCUUGGCUUCAACCUGGCGCGCACGUGCUUGCAGGCCAGUAUGACGGUGAUUGCGACAUUCGUCAACGAAAAUUCGGAGGGUCGUAGGAAGCUCAUGGAAAUGUCUGAAUCAGGUGGUCGGCUCAAACCACUUGUGCUUGACCUGACCGAUACGUUGAGCAUCUAUACUGCGCAGGACGCCGUGCAACACCUGUUCGAAACAGACCUCCGUGACAGCCAACUGUACGCGAUUGUGAACAACAGCGCCGUGAUGUGUUUCGGCGAAGCAGAGUGGCAAUCGACGGCCCUCAUCGCGGAGCAGGUUUCUGUUAAUCUUACUGGACCGUUGUUGUUUACCAUAUCACUGUUGGAUAUGUUGAGAAAGGACCGUGGCCGGCUGGUAGUCGUCACCAGUCAUUGCGGUCAGCAAGCGCUUCCCGGAUUGAGCGUUUACUCAGCCACUAAGGCAGCCCUUCACGCCUGGUGUACCGCUGUGAGACUCGAGCUGGCACCCCAUCAUACGCCGGUGGUUGAGCUUGUGCCCGGCUCGUUUCUGCUUCACUCGAACAUCUGUGCCCGUCAAGAACAAUUCUUCGACGACAUGUGGUCCACCAUGACCGUCAGCCAACAAAUGUACUAUGGUACCUAUUUCCAGGAAUACCGCGAUUACUUGGCGCCACUGUGUAGACCACGUCCGGUUGAACCGUUCCCGUCUGAAGAUCCACUACUGGAAUGCAUCCAUGGCGCGCUGUUCGAUAAGCGCCCGAAGGCGAUCUACAAAUGCGAGUCGUGGCGCUACUGGGUGUACUACACCGCAUUCGCUUUCACUCCGAGCUUUGUGCGCGACAAACUAAUCCGCCGUUUUCUAGCUAUGCCUGAGUACAAUGGUUCUAAUCCGCAGGCGAAGAGAAGCGGCACUCGGAAAUGAAUCACAUGAGGGUGGCACGUAAAUGCCCAAUUAGUUGAUCGUUGCACGUCCCUUAAUUAUCAUCUGCUUUCUUUCACUCCACAAGACUCCACGCAGAUGGCUACAUUAUGCUAAACAUUUGAAACUUCGGUACACAUUCGUAGCAAGCAUUCUGCAAUAGCUACUACUUAAUAAUUGGUAUCUCCU